AUGCGGCCGGGAACCGGUAACCGUCUUCGAACAGGUCAUGUACCCCCAGCACCAGCUGGAACAGCAACUCGUCUGACGACGGGACUGCGCCAACGAACUGCCUUUCAGGGCGGUGUUCCCUCCGCCACACUCAACGCCGAUCUACGCAUUGAAGACCGACCGAUCACACAGCAGGGCCUGGAAGGACUCAAAACCGGUGUGAAGGGUCCGCGAAGGCAAAUUGAGGAUCGUUCUUACUUCAUUGGUGUCCUCCGUGGGAAGAUCAAUGAGGUCUCGGCUGAGUUGGCCUCCAUUGCGGCACAACACGAAGAAGCUGAAAAGGAGAACCAGAGUUACGUCCAGUAUGAGCAGAUGGCCGAAGCGUUGGCUGCAGAGAUCAAGGGACUUCAAGGCGAACUCGGUGACUAUAACACACUAGUUGAUAAGGCAACCAUUGGUCACGACAUCUCAUCAAUUGAACUCGAUUGGGAAGAUGUAAAGAUGGCAAACGAGCGUGCUGAAUUGGGACUUGAGAGGUUGUUUGAGGAGCGAAAGAAGAAGGAAUCCCAGUUGAAGUCCCUCGAAAUGGAGAGAAUAGCUGAAGGUGUGGUAGAAGACAUGACAGACGAGCAGAAAUCUGCCUAUUUGAAAUUGAAAGACUUGUCGCAGCAUCUGCUGAAGCAGUUGGAAAUGGGACAGAAAGAACUUGAGGAGUUGUCUGCUAAACGCAGGGAACUCGAGUUGGAUAUCUCAUCGUCCCAGGUUAAACAGGAGGCAAUGAGGAUUUUGGGUCAGUUGCGAGAAGUCGAGGCUAAACGAGACCAGCUUCUGGCCGCUGAGGCUAGCCAGGAGGAUCCACAAGUCGAGCGAGAGCGUCUAUUGGCCAAAAUCAAGGAGGACAACCGUGAGACAGCCAAUAUGGACAGAGAAAUUCGCGAAUUGAACGAGAAGAUUCGCGAGGAUGAAUCGGCCGUUGGCCAGAUGAGCGCAGAACUCGAGGAUAUCCACAGUGAGAGAAAUCAAAAGUUUUGGGAGUUGAAACGACGCGAGCAACAGAUGGACACCUUCCUCAACUCCUUUUCAACUGCCAAAGCUGAGGAGAACGAGGCCGCGGGCGUUUUGGAAGACCAGAUUGUCAAGUCCCUAGAGAAGGCUUCGCAGUACAUUGUGAGCACCAAUCAAACCAACGAAUUCACCGCUGGUGAUAGGCAAAACAUCGACACCAAUCAGCUGGCCGAUCAGCUGACGUUCAAGUCGAAGGAGCUGGCCAAAUCGGCGUCCACGGCAGACUCCUUGGACGGCGAGCGAUUGAGACUGCAACGCGACUUGCAGAAAGUCGAUCAGCUGGAGGGGAAAAUCUCACAGGAGCUUCAGACAUUGAAAAAGAGCAUUACCAAGAUGGAAGCGGAAAUAAAGCGAUUUAGCGAUCUUGAAUCAGUUCGGGAGGUCACGGAGGAGAAGCGGGUUUUCUUAACGCGAGAACAGGAGCGCUUGGCGCUGGCGCGGAACCAGCUGAGUGAGAUGAACCAAAGCCUCUCCGCGGAGUACUCAGACGCCCAGCUCCAACUCUCCUCACAGGACAUGCACAUCCAGUUGUCGGCGCUGGAGAAGCGCCUUGUCCAGCACGAACAGACCACGCACUCGCUGAGGGAGGCCAUCGCGAACAAACGCAGCCUCACGGACUGCGCGCCGUUGGCGGAGAAGGCGCGUGAGUUGGUGCGCGCCUACAACGAGACGCUCAAGGCCUCGCUUGGCACGCGAAUUUCACUGUAA